UAAUCCAGGAAUGUUACUGAUGAAAUGACAUUGCAGGAGGUUAUUGCUGCACUGCAUUUUUUGGAUGAAAGCCAAACAGUUACUUUCUGUAGAGUGGGUAAAACCCCCUAAUUGUUUAUUUACAUGUGUAGAUCACUGCGUUACUGUGUUAGUCACUGUCUCUAUGCAGCGAUGACAAGGCUGGAAGAAGCAAAUGGAGAAGUGAACAUGCAUUCAUCAGUCCGAUACCUUGGCUAUCUAGCCAGGAUCAACAUAUUGGUUGCUAUCUGUCUGGGCCUUUAUGUCAGGUGGGAGAAGUCUGCAGAUGCACUAAUACUGGUAAUAUUUAUUCUGGGACUUUUUGUUCUUGGAAUUGCCAGCAUACUUUAUUACUAUUUUUCAAUGGAAGCAGCAAGUUUGAGUCUCUCCAAUCUUUGGUUUGGAUUCUUGCUUGGCCUCCUCUGUUUUCUUGAUAAUUCCUCUUUUAAAAGUGAUGUGAAAGAAGAAACAACCAAAUACUUGCUCCUUACCUCCAUAGUUAUAAGGAUAUUGUGUGCUUUGGUGGAGAGGAUUUGCGGCUGUGUCCAUCACCGACCAACUCUGCUGACAACAGUUGAAUUUCUGGAGCUGGUUGGAUUUGCAAUUGCCAGCACAACUAUGCUGGUUGAAAAAUCCAUGAGUAUCAUCUUGUUGGUUGUGGCUUUGGCCAUGCUUAUUAUUGACUUGCGGAUGAAGUCUUUCUUGGCCAUUCCAAAUUUGGCAAUUUUUGGAGCUCUGGCAUCUUUAUUGUUUUUUACUUCCCUGACCAUUCCCACAAACCCAUUUGCCUUGGCCUGUUUCUUUAGUUGCCUGAUUUCAGACCCUCUUCUUGAUGUCUACUUCAGCGGACUUUCAGUUACUGAACGAUGGAAGCCCUACUUGUACCGUGGUAGAAUUUGCAGAAGGCUUUCAGUCAUCUCUGUUGGAGUAAUUGAAUUUAUCUUUUUCAUUCUAGCAGCAUUUAAAUUAGGUGACUUGGGUCUCUGGUACUUCGUUAUACCUGGGUUUUCCAUUUUUGGAAUUUUCUGGAUGAUCUGCCACAUUAUUUUUCUUAUAACUCUUUGGGGGUUUCAUACAAAAUUAAAUGACUGUCACAAAGUCUAUUAUACCCACAGGGCAGAGAAUAACAGCCUUGACCGAGUCAUGGCUUCUAAAGGAAUGCGUCAUUUUUGUUUAAUUUCAGAGCAACUAGUAUUUUUCAGUCUCCUUGCAACUGCAGUUUUGGGUGCCGUAAGUUGGCAGCCAAAGAAUGGGAUCUUCAUGAGUGUGUUUCUGAUUGUUUUACCUCUGGAGUCAAUGGCUCAUGGGCUUUUCCAUGAACUGGGGAACUGCUUGGGAGGAACAUGUGUUGGAUAUGCUGUUGUGAUUCCCACCAGCUUCUGCAGUCCUGAUGGUCAACCCACGCUUCUUCCACCUGAGCACGUGCAAGAGUUAAAUUUGAGGUCUACAGGCAUGCUCAAUACUAUCCAGAGGUUUUUUGCAUAUCACAUGAUUGAAACAUAUGGCUGUGACUAUUCUACAAGUGGACUUUCUUUUGAUACACUUCAUUCUAAGCUGAAAUCUUUUCUUGAACUUCGGACUGCAGACGGACCCAGACAUGAUACCUAUGUUUUAUAUUAUAGUGGUCACUCCCAUCGCACUGGUGAAUGGGCACUAGCAGGUGGCGAUGCAUUACGGCUUGACACGCUUUUGGAAUGGUGGAGAGAGAAGAAUGGGUCUUUUUGUUCACGACUUAUUAUUGUGUUAGACUGUGAGAACUCCCAGUCUUGGGUUAAAGAAGUAAGAAAAGUAAAUGAUCUAUAUAUUGCAGUACAAGGAGCAGAAUUUGCCAGAGUGGUAGACAUUGAGGAAGCAGACCCUCCGCAACUUGGUGACUUUACCAGAGAAUGGGUCGAAUACAAUUGUAACCCUGACAGUAGCAUCAGCUGGUCUGAAAAGGGCCGUGCGGUGAAAGCAAUGUACGGUGUGUCAAAACGCUGGAGUGACUAUACUCUACAUUUGCCAACAGGAAGUGAUAUUGCCAAACACUGGAUGAUGUACUUCCCUCGUGUUACCUAUCCAUUGGUGCAUUUGGCAAACUGGUUUUGUGGUCUCAAUCUGUUCUGGGUCUGUAAGGCUUUUUUUAGAUGCUUGAAAAGAUUAAAAAUGAAUUGGUUUCUUCCCACAGUGCUGGACACAGGACAAGGCUUCAAACUUGUCAAAUCAUAAUUAAAAACCAAAGAGGAGUAAAAGUGGGAGCUCUGGGAACUUUUCAACUCUCAAAUUUGAUUGACUUGCAAUUUUUUAUACGUAACAGUUUUUUCUCUGUUGAAGAAAUCUUGCUACUUCAGUAGCUAUACUCACUGUGUUCAUCUUUUUGAGCAAUUACAGUAUAUGCAAGCGUUGGAAGCUUCAUUCUAAAAUGAGGAGGCUAAGACUAUACUAUUUGAAUUUUGUUACUGAGCUGUAUAUAAACAUGUAAAAGAUUUAUUAAAUAUGACCAUGCACUUUGGAGACAGUUUGCAUGUUCAUAUGUGCUAAACAGAAAGCUGCCAACAAAUUACAGGCUUUAAUAAGCUAUGGCUCAUAUGAUGAUACAUGGCAAUUAUAUCCCUCUCAAACAUCAAAUACAGGAAAGGAAACAAGCCAGUGUUCAGAUCACUUUAUUAUGCCCUCACACUUCUGUGAUGGGUUUCAGAGUAUUAUAGAGCACAGAGUCAAAAAAAAUAAAAAGCUCAAGAAGCACUGUAAGUAUCUGCAAGGAUAUUUAGAUUCAGUUACAUUAGCAUUCUCAGUACUGCCUGAGGCUCCCAUUGAUAACAGUAGGAGUUGCCCACACAGAGGGAGUGAAUGAAAUGGGUCUUUGUUAGAACACUGUGUGGUUCCAACCAUGUGCUUGUUGACAGCCAAGAGAGAGGUUUUCAAAUGUGAUUUUUAAAACGUUGCAUAUUUUUUCAAAAUAAAUUCAGUGUCUCAGGUGAUAUUUUCUUUUUUAAAAGAGUUAAUAGAUAUAAGGCAUAUUUAAAUGUGCUAACAAGUUGGGGUGGGGAGCGGCUGUCCCAUCAGAUCUGGACUUCCAUCAGUUUGGCUUUUGAAUUAUUUCCUCUGCAGAAAAACUCAAAAUAAAGGAAGCUACUUAGAAAGAAAUUAUGCAAAGUUUACAAAAUGGGAAGUUCAGAAGUAACCUUGCCCCCAGGUUUCUUAUCUGAAAUCUCUGCUGUGCCUAGAGCCCAGGCCUUUGGAGUGCCGAGUAUAGGAUUGGAUCCAGGGGGAUGAUUCUCUUUUUUUAAACUGAAACCAGACAAUUUGACAGGGAGAGUUGGGUUUUCCCUUUCUUGGGGAAAUGAGUCUUCUCAACCCUGAGUAUCCCUCUUUUUGGGGGACCUGUCAGCAUUGCUCCUCCAGUCAAAGAUGUUUGUCAGUUAAUAUGAGGUAACACUUGCAGAACUCCGGCACCACAGUACUCUUAGCCCUUGUUCACCUGAAGUGAUUUGUAGGCUGCUGGGUGGAUCCACUUAAUGUUUUUUCAGAGAGAGAAAGUGUGUGUGUGUGUGUGUGUGUGUGAGAAUAAUUUAUAAGAUUUGGGAUUUACAUCAUUUGUUCACCAGCAUUUUAGUAAAAAUGCAAGUCACUUUAUAAAUAAAACAUUAGCUGAAGAAGUUGCCUGAAAUGUAGCUGUCGUUUAAACAUCUGAAAAAGAAUGUUGUGCACUCUGUAACUCUUUGACUUCUGAGGGUUCGUAGCCUGCUGGGUUUUUUAACUUAAUGGUCAACUCAUUUAGAUAAUUUGCCAAUCCUGGUACAUAUUAAUUUGUAAACCCUACAAGAGAGGAAAUAUUCUAGUAGUAAUUACUGGGCAUGCCAGCAAUCCCAGUAACUCAUUGUUCCUUCAAACUGUCAGUUCCAACGUGUUAAAUUCACUGGCAAGUUAGGGCAUCUUCCCUAAAUUUCCUGUAUUCUCCUGUGUUGUGCAAGUUAGAUUAGCAAGAAAAACCCCAUUCCCUCCCUGCCACAAAAAGGGAUGGAGAGCUAAGGUGGGUGAGGGACAUAUCAAAUCAAAUAAACUGUCAAGUUUCAUUCCAUUCAACUAUUUGAAAAUAACUACUGAACUAAUGGUAACUAAGAAAUUCCAAAGAGAAAGCAAUAGAGGAAGAGAGAACACUGUGUUCCAAAAAGGGAAACACUAUCUUAAUCUUACAGGGCUGGUCUACAAAAGUAGUUUUCAGCUAUUUCUGAGUGACAAACAUUGGGUCUGGAUGGGAGGGAUCUUCAAACAGUUAUUUGUCUUGGUAAAAUGAUCGUUAUUUUGGCUGGAGUUUUGGUAACAAUUAAUUUAGUUGCAAUAAUACACUGUUCCAUCUAGAUGGCUCAUAGUACCCAGACAAAUCUGGAUGUAGUGUAAUGUAAAUGUGUAAUGACAGAUUUAACUAAUUAACUAUGUCUCUUUAAAACCCCAUUAUUAAGACAUAGUAGUUACAACACAAACUUUUACAAGUCAAGAAAUUAGAACAUUGUAAUUCAAAAAAACAUAAAAAUGAAUCUGGAAAUACAGUUGAUUUCAUCACCAGCCUUAACUCUUCCUCUUGCUUAUUCACUAUGGACUGGUGGACGAUCCUUUACUUUGUAGUUGCAACUGGAGAAAUCUUGUGUUGAUAUGAACUACAUCAGUAUAUUCUGCUGUUGUACAAUGUUAUAACUGGCUUUCAUCUUUGUAGCCAGUAUUGGUUACAGAGGGAACUCAUCAUUGGAGAGUAUAUUAGAGGUUUGUGGCCUAUACGUUGUGAGAAGAUAUAGAAAUGUUGAUAUUGUGCCUGCAUAGGAAAGUGUGAGAUCUCUGACCUAUGCUGGAAGCGUGAAUCGCCUAGUGUGGGGAAGCCAGUCCAUAGUGCAAUGAUCGGCAGGGACAGAGGGCAAUAUGUCAAAUAAUGUCUGCUGUGGCAUGUACCUGGAAGGCAAGGAAGGGGCAGAUCCUGUAGCCUCUAGUGGAUGGGUUUACAGUUUAUAUACUGGCUUGCUGUGUUAUCUCUAGGAUAGUGGAAAUGGUCUUUAGCCUGUAGUUGAAAGACGGAUGGGGGAUAUUGCUAUUGAUUAAGAAGGCAGAGGUAAAGUUGGUGUUUGGAAACUUAACUGAGUAUCUCUAUAUUUUCCCAUGUGUGUGUUUUAACUACAACAUUCUAAUUUCCUGAGUUUCAAAUACUUGUGUUUUAACCAGAACUCAAAAGUCCCUCACUUUCAGACUUUUAAGAAUAACAAUGGUAUUCUAAUAAUACUAUUUUAAAUGUAAAGAUGUGUUUAUAGCCAUACUAACUGGGCUUUUUGUCUGGAAUCUUCCUUUCCCAUUGUCCAAAAGAACAUGCUGUCCAUCUGUUUUUAAU